CAAAAAAGUUCAGAAAGCCGGGAUGUGGGAACAACGAAUUAGGUUCUCCUGAGUUCAUCAUUUAUCAGAUGAAGGCAUCUAUGCGAAAUCCGGAAAAUUCUACCUUCAGACAGCGCUAAACGAGAAACCGACCCGUUUCAGCAUACGAGGAAUGUCUUCAAUCGCAGAUGAUCAAUUCUCGGAUCCCCUUAACCCCCCUCAAUCUGCGCAACCAUUUCAGUCAUUAUUCGGAGGUCCUGCCAGUCAAGAUGUGGAUCUGGAACCGUACCCAGAGAGUGACCACGGUGCUGGCACCCAAGAAGACCAAGAUGAUCUCGACGUUGUCAUGGGCGAUAUACCCACGAUGGAUGAUAACCAGUCUGAUGCAACAUACCAUGCCAGUGAUGAAGAUGACUCAGAUCCAAGGAACGAGGCCAAUGCGCCGCCGAAGAAACGCAAGAGACCGCUUGUUGUGGCUAGGUCGAUCAGUCCGCCGUCGUCUCCUGAAGAGCGACCUAAUAGGUUCCGUGGUCCUGAAUCUACAUGGAGGAGGUUAACGGCGGAGGAGAGACAGAACGCGCAGGCUCUGGAGACGAUUCGUGCUAGGGAUCUUGGUGCUCAUCUUUACAAUUCUUAUGCGCUCCGCGUACGGGCCCGUGAAAGAGGACGGAUGGCUGGGAAGGAGGAUAAGCGAGUGGAUGUGACGGAAGCGUUUGCUCCACCUAAGGGAUGGGCGGCGUGGCCCAUGUCUGCUGAUAAGGUGCCUCGAGCGGAUGAGCGUUUCAAAAGAGUGGAGGACGCCGCAUGGACAUUAAGGAUCCCAUCUGAUCCACGGCCUAGUGCUGAUUUGGAAGAAUCUAUUAUAGCUAUGAUGCUCAAAACUGCCAAGGAGAGGUUCGGAUCCAGAGAAUGGGACCGUAAGCGCACGGUAUAUCAACCAAGAACAUCCACUACAUUUCGAGUUGACACCAACGAUGAAAGUACGGCUUAUGAGGGAAGUGACGGGGGGUACGUGGAUGAUGAAGAACUUCGUCCCGUAGUUCAGGCGGAUGACGAUAAAUCCAGGCAGCAGCUACGGCCCCUUUCUCGAAACGUUCUCACGCAGUUCGACCAACUUCUGAUGGGUCUGCACCAUGCGCAGACAGGGGGUGCUCGGGGAGGUGACAGCUCAGCAAGUGAAAUGCAAUCGGAUACAGAGAGUUUGACUUCAAGCAGACCAUCACCCAGAAAAAUAAAUCGUGAAGAGACGGAGGGAAGUCAAACACGAGGUCGGAAAACGUCUCGCCGAUCUUCCCAGCAUGAAAAGCCUCGCUCUCGCUCUAAAAUGCUACAUACAUCACAAUCGCGCGGAAGAUCACUUGGCCGAGGAUACGGACGAUCUACAAGUCGCCUUCGAGGCGGACGCGGUCUCCGCGAUUGGAGUGAGGUCUUGGGUGUUGCAGCCAUGACAGGCUGGUCAUCUGCAGUAGUAAUGCGUGCAGCAAAACGGUGCUCCGCGCUAUUCGGAGAAGACAUGGCAUUCCAGAAAUUCAACGAGGGAGCAGUGAAACCCGUUGAAGAAGAUAACCCGGAAAAUGUACAGUAUAUGGAAAGCGAGUCUGAAUCUGAGCAUGAACCUGAACCCGAGCCCCAAUCCCCUAGAUCCCCGCCUAUAUCUCGACAGUCAUCCAAAAAUCCACGGUCCAGGGCUUCCUCUAUCAGACACGAAUCUACUUCCAGGCCUGCUAGUCCUGUGGCUGCUGACAACGCAGCGCGCAAGGGUAAAGGGCAGCAUCGCAAGCAGGACUUGGUAUGUCCAUUCAAAUCUUGCCCCCGGCAUGUGGAUGGUUUUUCACGGACGUGGAACCUGAAUCUCCAUAUGAAGCGCGUACACCCGGGUUACCGUCCGAAGAAACCUGUGUCUAUUAACAUUGAUGCUGGUAAUGACGAGCAGUGACCGGCAGCUACUGGGACAUGAAGUUCAGAUGGGCCGCACAAGCCUCACUUUUUAGCUAUGUACAUAUAUUCCUUAGACUGUUGAUAGACGAGCUAUAUAAUGAG